CCACCGAAAAAGCCUGGAAGAAUUGCGCUCCGUCAGUGCGCCCUGCCUGCCAGUCGGAGGAUGGGGAUUUUUUUUCUCCUUUCCAUUCAUCCAUGCCCCUUUUUUCCCUCCUCCUCCUCCUCUCAAACAAGCCAGUCGGUCUGUCAAUGUGCUGCGAGCGUUAGGACAAGUCAAAGCAGUGGGAUUUUGAGGCAGAGAGACGGAGGAGAUAACGAAUGAAGCGCUUUUCCAUGACCGAGAAGCGACGCGUCCUGCUCUCCAAAUGAUGCGCCGCAUCAGAUAAUUUCCAGCCGGGACUGAUGCUCACAACUCGCAUCUUAUUAUUAUUAAUAUUAUUUUUUCCUUUCUAUCACUUCACAACUUUCACGUUGGCCUGUGUGUGACAUUAUUAGAGUGGAGAUGCUUUUGUAGCGCUUUGAUUUAUUCCUCUCAGUUUCUUUGAAUUAAUUCUUGGAUUUACCGUCGAUUUCGGAUCUUUUUUAUGAUUAUUAUUUUUCAGCGUGUCUAUUAAGGAUUUACAACCAGUGUGUUUGUUUUUGAUUCCAUAAAGAGGCCACUAAGGAUUGUAACGCGCACUGACUGAACCCGCCGAGCAUCAACACGUCUUUAUGAGGAUGGAGCUGUGGACACGAGUAACAUCUUUUCCAUUUUAAACGUUUCACCCUCACACUUUUGACCUGGUUUUGAUUGCGCCCUUCUGCCACACUGACAGUAUUUCUUUCCCCCGGUUCCUCUCUGAUAUGCUGGAAGCGAGAUAUUCUUGCGAGGAAACAAGGUAAUGGGAGAGAAAUCGCACAGAGUCUGCACAGAGAACAAGGGAACAUUGUUCGGGGAAAAAAGACAAUCAGGGCGCACCGAAAGGCUACAGAGUUAGAGGCUGGGUGGCAAUCAUUUUUUCUUUUAAAUAUUUUUGAUUCCGUGGAGUUACCUUUGAGCCGAGGAGCGCUGUUUUUGGAGAAAUAAAAGGGAAGGACAGAUUAACGAGGAAAGCCAUGGGAUUGGCACAGAAUUAGUGCAACUGUGGACGCGCAGAAAUCGUUUUUUGGACACCCAGACGCGCGGAUUGAACAAGUUUCUUUUUUCCCCUCGCACAUUUCAGUGCGUGUGCUGUGAUCGCUUACAAUCUGCCACAUUUCGGAUCCAUGAGGUUGUGCAGAGCGGGCUUUGGCUUCACACUUUGACUGUCUCCUACCUAUAGCCUGAUCGGCUGUAGCCGCACAUCUAUUGUUUUGAGAGAGUCCCCCCUCGUGUGCAACAGCAUCGAAACCGCAGAAAAGAUCGCGCUUUUAAAUGGGGCCGCAUAUGCUGGGUGUCAGGGUUGAGAUGGCGUGUCGAAGAAGUGGGAAUGGAUUGGGGAUCCUGCUGGUAUUCUUACUGGAUUUACUGGGGACGACAGCCAGCAACCUGGAGCCCAUCUACUGGAAUUCCCUGAACGAAAGAUUCAGAGACGACAAGGGCUACGUUCUGUACCCUCAGAUCGGGGACCGGCUGGACCUCAUCUGCCCUCCUCUGGACACCGCCAGGUCCACGCCGGAGUACGAGUUCUACAAGCUCUACCUCGUGUCGACGCGGGAGCAGGCGGACCGCUGCGAAGUGAUGGGACCCCCCAACAUCGUGCUCACUUGCGACGAGCCCACCCGCGAACGCCGCUUCACCAUCAAGUUCCAGGAGUUCUCGCCCAACCUCUGGGGCCACGAGUUCAAGAGCAUGCAAGACUACUACAUCAUCGCUACGUCAGAUGGGACGCGUCAAGGCCUGGACAGCAUGAAGGGUGGAGUGUGUGCCACGCAAGGCAUGAAGGUGGUCCUAAAAGUGGGGCAGAGCCCAUAUGGACUGCCUCCAAAGAAGGAGCCGGCAGCGGGACGCACCACCAGCAAAAACCCAGGCGGCACGGGGAACUCCAGCCAGCCUCGAGGACCCUUCGGGGAAGAAGGCAGAGGUGAGAACGGGCCUCUCCAACCCUCCAACAUCGCUCUCAUCGCCGGCGCCGCGGGAGGCUCUGCCUUCCUCCUGCUGGUCACCGCCGUGAUCUGCGUCGUGUGCUACAGGAGGCGGCACGCCAAGCACUCGGACACCCACCACCCUCCGCUGUCGCUGUCCUCCCUCACCAGCCCCAAACGGGGAGGCGGCGGGGGCAUCACCAGCUCCAACAACAACGGCUCCGAGCCCAGCGACAUCAUCAUCCCUCUGCGGACGUCAGACUCGGCCUACUGCCCGCACUACGAGAAGGUGAGCGGGGACUACGGACACCCUGUCUACAUUGUCCAGGAGAUGCCGCCUCAGAGCCCGGCCAACAUCUACUACAAAGUAUGAGGUGGCCUUUGCUCCGGCCAACUGGACGCACCCGCCUCCCUCCACCCGUUACCGACCAAUCCCUCCUCCCCACAUCCCUGCUCCAAAUGAAGCCACAGCAAAGCUUUCCAUCACAGCUCCAACCCUGAUCCCCUCAAUACUGCCAGUAUUGCCCCUCCGACCCCCUCACACCCCCAACUCACUACCCUGUGAGCCUGCACCCCUGGCCACAGUUGUGUUUCUAGCCGAGUAAGCCUCCCCACCCCAUUCUCACACAACCAAGUGUGUGUAAAGGGCAAUGUCGUAACCGUGCAUAGCCUUUGUUAACAAGGCCCUCGCGAAUAGGCAAGAGGCUCUGAGUGCCCCCCCUUCUUGUUAACUCAGAGCUAAAUGAGCCCCCCCCCCCACACAUGUUGAAUUGAAGAGUCCUCCCCUAAACGCCAGUGUGCAUGUGCAGCACACACUGUUUUUUUUAAAGGGGUAGGGACCUGCCGCUGGGAAAUGUGAUGUUUUGAAGAAGUAAAAAGGAAAAAGGAGAAAGCAAAGGACAAGAACAGCAAGAAAAACUAGUCCCCUGACCCCCACUUAGCACCGCAGAACUCCAUCAGCCAAUCAGAGUCCGGCCCCUACCACUAACUCAAUAAUAGGAUGCUAGUUUGUAUGUGUUUGUUUCUCCUGAGAAAACGCGGGGGGAAGAGGGGGGCCUCGGACUCGCCCGAUCAGCACCGUCCGAGCGGCGGUCACAUGACCGAGCCAGGGCCUCUACGCAAGGUCUGACCAAUCGGUGACUCUCAGAAUCUUGUAUAUUUUAAUAAUGCGUGUGACUGUGAGAGCGAGCUACGAACUCGGUCAAUAAUCAUGGCGGUGCUGCUGCUCCACAUUAGACGUGUGCGUGCAGUUAGUGUGCUUCAAGUACGGCAAGUUUGCAUAUGCGCGCGUGGGGUUUAGUCUGUGUGCGUGCGCACGCUUUGUGCGUGAGUGACUGUGCGAAUGUGUGCGUUCUUUAGACUUGUCUUAAAUACCAAAACACAAAAUAGUGAGCGAAUAUCAAAAAAAGUGAGAUUUUUUAUCGCUAUUGACACUUAUAGAUUAUAUAUAUGAAUAUCCAGUAAAUAAUUUCUAGAUGUUUUUUUUCCGUUUUCUAUUGUUUUGUUUUACCCACUCUGUUUAAACUACACUUCUGUUGCUAGACAUUUUUUUGUUUUUAUCUAUUUUUCUUUUUCACAACUUAGAAUGACCUUGUUUACCCCCCACCCACCCCCACCUCCCCUUUGUAUAUUAAUUUAAUCCCUUUUUUGUUUUUUGUUUAAUUUUUCCGGUGAACAGAGGUCGUUUCUCUCUUCCUCUCUUCCCUCUCUCAUUCACGCCCUCCCUCCUUCCUCCUCCUUUCCCUCCUUCCCUCUAGGGUCUCUGAACUCUGUGUAUAUUUUUAUAGCUCCUUGUACUAUGCCGUAGUUUUGAAGUUUAGACCUCGUUUGUGGAAGUGUUGAGGUAGAACCAUCUAUGAAAGUUUUUUCUUUUCCUUUCAAAUGUUUUUUUUUUUUCGGAAGUGAAAAGAAGUUAGGGGCGGGGUAGAGGUGGGGAUGAAGAAUAAAGGAAGAACAGGGGUGAGAGAGAGAGGAGAACUGUCUGGGGUGGAGGAGAAAAGCGGCGUCUGAAUGCAGAAUUUAAAAAAAAAAAAAGAAAGCUAGUGGGGAGGGAGGGAGGGAAAGACUGAAGGAAUUGCACACUUAAGAAAAAGAGGCCGAGGGAAGAAGAGGACGGGAGAGGCAGGAGCGCGAGAUGAAGGAUCCCGAGGAAAGGAGGGAUGGAAGAGUGGCCGGUGAAGCAGAGAAACCUCUUCUUUAAAUGGAGAGUCUCCCGUAUGAGGUGACGGACCUACAGCCAAAAAUGGAUUUUUUUGGAGGAGCUGAACUCUUAACCACGACAAAGAGAGAUCUCAUCACACACACACCCCCACACACACAAACACACACACCUACUGUGACUCGCAUUUUGGAUUUGUUCCUCUUUUCCGCCAAAAUUUGUGUUGAAAUGCAUCUCUGUGUAUCACACACGCUCACACACACACACGCAAAAGAAAAUCCCACCUUGUUUCUCUCUGACACACUCUGACGCCCUCCCAACACAACCUAACGCAAAUUUCACACCUUUUAAUGACUGUCACAAAUGCCUCUUGAUUGCAUUGAAUGGCGUACAUUGUCUCUCACACCCGCUUGCACUCCCAACACACACACUUGCACACACACACGCUCAACAAAAAUGCUGAUUACUUUCAUAUGACUCUGUGUUUCUGUGAUUAAGACUGACCCAACGGACACGGAGGGAUGAACAGAGCGACUGUGUGUGUUUUCUCCUCCUCUGCUUUUAGAUGCUCCCACGCUUUCACAAGCACACACAUACACACUCACACUGUCUCUCUCUCUCUCUCUCGCGCGCGCACAAACACAAUAGUGCCCAGCACCUCGACCUCAGAGGGCAAUAACAUCGCUGUGUUCAGAGGUGCAAUGUGUUCACAUGUGCAUACUAAUAAAGCUAUUUUGUGUUGCUCAAACAUGCUUAUGGCUUAUGUGUAAACUGGAUGGCAGUGGAGAGCUUUUCCCAAACACACACACACACACAUACACGCAAAGCCUCCAAUGCUGUAGCCAUGUUUUUCUGUGUGAAGCCAGUGUUUAAUCUGGACCUUCUGACAUUUCUCAGCCGUGUUUUUGUACCUGACGUCAUACAAUGAGAUACGUUUCACGCUUAAGUGUCACACUCGUCUUAAACUGACUUUGUUGGGCACACGAUGAUAUUCGGAUAUGUUUUGUUUUUUCGUUUUUGUUUUUUUUAACCCAGUGGAGGAGUUUGUAUUUGACUGUAUGAAAAUUGAUGACAAAGAUGAAAUGACUCAAGUUCUUCUUUUUGUACAACUGCCAACAUGUGUUGUGUUUUUCUUUAUGUACGCUGUUAAGUCAAUGUCUGUUUAAAGUUGAAACAUGCUCAGAAUACCUAAAAGUAUCCUCCAAGCCAAAUGAAGUGUCUGUUACUCUCCCUUCA